UUUCCGGUGUAAGGACGAAUAAGGAAAAGCUGACGCGUUGCCACGUGCAUCCUUCAUAUACCAUAGGAUAAUGUUUGAACGGCUGAGAUUUAGACUAUCUUUGAUUAGAUUCAUUGAAACUGGAAGAGAACUGUAGAGAAGUGCCCAGAGAGAGAUUUUGUUGUUAUCUUUUCUAUUUCUUUUUUAUUUUUUAUUUUUUUAUUUCUUUUCCCUUCUGUCAUUCUUUUUCUUGAUUAAAAAGAUUUUGGUUUUGUUUUCUCUGUCUGUCUAAAGAAGAAGCUGUAAUAAGCAGCGUAAGCAAGUAAUUGAUGAGAGAGAGCGAGAGAAAGUAGGUUUGUCUUAAAUGAGGUGAGUGUAGCAGAGUGGGGGGGUGCAGUUACCAUGGCGGCGUUGCAGAGGUCUAAUUCCGUGCCAUUAUUGCUUUAAACAACGCAAAGAGAAGCUGAAGAAAAAAGUUGGCUCUCUCUUUCUUUUCUUUGGGAUUACAGUGGCUCUCUCUCUUUGAAGUCGAGGAAACCCAUCUUCUCUUACCCUAAAAAUUGUUUUAAGAUUUUGUUGUUAUAAAUCAAAAGCUGCAAAAACCCAAACAGUAAGAUCAAAUAUUUCAGACUGAGAGAGAGUCAGAAAUCAGAAGAAGAAGAAAAUCAAAAAGAUCGAGUCAUCACACAGCCAACAAUCAACAUUAAAUUCUCACUUUAAAACCCACAUCAAAAACAGCCACCAAAUUUUCAACUGUCCCACUGCUGAUCUUGCGGAUUUCCAUAGCCACUACCCACUUGCCACUUCUUAGUGGUAAUUAAGAUAUUCUCUUCUGCUAUGGAUUUUUGGUUUAAAUUGGGGUUUGUUGCAGUAUCUAAGUGCAAGAAAUGGCGGGUUGGUUCUAUCUAAGUAAACAAGAAGAAGAAAAAGAUCAAGAAAACAACAAUAACAAUCUGUUUUUGUACAGAUCAUCAAACGAACAGGAGAUCUACAACAACAAUAACAAGGGGUUUGAGAUAUGGCCACAAUACUAUCACCAACAGCAAAACAUGAACAGCUACUCCUCGUUUGGAGUGGGUCCUAGUCGAAGAAGUUUCUCUGAUGAAUCAUCAAGAUCAGGGUUUACGGUGAUGAGGCAAAGUGGAUUAGGUGGAGGUAUGAACUGUCAAGAUUGUGGAAAUCAAGCGAAAAAAGAUUGUGCUCACUUGAGAUGUAGAACUUGUUGUAAAAGCCGAGGGUUUCUGUGCCAAACUCACGUUAAGAGCACUUGGGUCCCUGCUGCUAAAAGGCGAGAGAGGCAACAACAGCUAUCUGCUUUGCAGCAGCAGCAGCAACAACACCAACACCAACAAAAUCAAGAACAAAACCAGUUUCGAGGAGAGAAUCCUAAAAGGCAGAGAGAGAAUCAAGGUGGUGUUCCCUCUCUUGCUUGCACUCGUUUAGCCACUACCACGUCAGGGUUGGAAGUGAGUCAUUUUCCACCAGAAGUGAAUUCCCCAGCAGUAUUUCGUUGCGUUAGAGUGAGCCCAAUGGAAGAUACAGAUGAACAAUAUGCAUAUCAAACGGCUGUUAAUAUUGGAGGCCAUGUUUUCAAGGGAAUUCUUUAUGAUCAAGGCGUUGAUGUUCGUUACACCAGUGGAGGAGAGAGCUCCUCAGGAGGAGCACAGCAACUGAAUCUCAUAACAGCAGCUGCUACAACUGCAACACUAACAGCAACAGCAAACCCGACUCAUCCUGGAGCUUUGCUCGAUCCAUCUCUAUAUCCAGCUUCAUUCAAUGCUUAUAUUGCUGGUACGCAAUUCUUCCCACCACCAAGGUCUUAGCUAGGCCUUGUAGUGUGUCUGCAUUAUUGUUAUUCUUCUUAACAAGGAAAAGGAAAAAAAAAACUUUCAUUUGUCAACAACUAGUAGUCUAUAAUUUGUUGGUCUUCUGUUAUUGUUAAUUGUGGUUCUUGUAGUAUUAAACAUGCAUCACCCAAUGAAGUAGAAGAGAGCAUAGGAAUUAGAAAAAAUGUAGUAGUAGUAGUAGUGCUGUCUUUGGACUCUGGGUGUUGGAUUUUGUUUCAAAUUUCAAUUCAGAUUUCCAUUUUUUUCUUA